UGGCACUGAUGAAAAAUAGUGCGCCCUCCCCUCCCCAGCAUUGAGUCCAUGCCGGAAAGCGCAUCCAAAUGUGAGGGGCGAAGGAAGCGAGGAACUCGCUUGAAAUCUCGGACCGCCCUCCGUUUUUCGGCCAGCCCACCCCAACAACACAAACGCUACAUUGAGCUGAGGAAAAGGAAAAGACUUGAGCACACGACAAGACGACUUUUCAUUUGAAAACCCCUCGGGGAAAAAAAAAACACAGAGUUCCUUUUUUUUUCUACGCUCUUUUUUUUCGGCAGGGGUUCGCUAAUUCGUCCAUCCGCUGGCCUCCGAUUUUUGCGGACUUUUUGCAGGCAAAAGUUUCCAGCUGUUUGCAGCUGGCAGGACGCACCCGCCCUGCUCGGGAACAAGGCGCUCGUGGGAGGAGAAGGAAGGGGGUCUCGAGCAAAAAAAAAAAAGAGGGAGAAGAGAAGCGAUGGCACCCCAGCAAGCGCAGCCGCAGGUGAGGCAGCACAUGGCCAAGUUCCUCCGGAGCUUCCCGGGGGUCACCCGCCUCCUGCAGAUCGUCUUCGGCGCAGGCCUGUGGGUCACCAUCGCCGCCAACAAGUACGAGGGCUCCAUCCACUUCGUCCUCUUCGUGGCGGUGCUCUUCUGGCUCCUGUGCCUGGGCCUCUUCUUCGUCACGCUGCUCGACAAGCAGGACGCCGUGCCGGUGCUCGGCGGCCCCCGCUGGCUGUGCAGUAACCUGGCGUACGACGUGGCCGCCGCUGCGCUCUACAUGCCCGCCGUUGGAGUCAUGGUGUACAAGACGCAUCGCAAUGCCUACUGCAUGGUGGAGCAGUACAAGCAUUUCUGUCUGUACAAGGUCUACCUGACGGCCGCCGUGUUCGCCUGCCUGUGUUGCCUUGCCUUCCUGCUUUCGGUGGUCUACGGGGCCUGCAGGAAGAGCCGAGGGGAGCAGACGGUCAUCUGAGGCUUUGCAACUUUUACUUUUGUUUUUUUUUUCUUAACCACAGCAAGAUGAGGAACAAGUUAACUUCACUGGAUUUCUUUUAAUCCAUCAAAUGCAAAUGUUUUACAGUGUUACCAGCAAGGGGUGGGGAAACCGAUGGCCGGUGGGCCAUAGAGAGGCCCCAAUACCGUUUCCCUUUUUUUUUUUUUUUUAUUGAGCACAUAGAGUGGUGGCUUGAAUUUCGAAUUAAAUUUGUUCAGACAUUUCGGAAAUCAGUUUUCCCACAUCAAAAUGAACUGAAAUGCCAUUCAUCUGCUCCGCUUGGUCUGAUUUUGAUAUUUGGUUGAAUAAAAUUCCAAUACCCAAUUACUCAGAUGAUUGAUUUUAAAAAUACAUAAUUAGUAAAAUAGCUAAUUACAGGCAGAACAUUUGGCUGCUUUACAAUAUUUUUUCCAAUAGUAUUUCUUUAAUUACAUCAGAAAAAAUGGCAGAUUUUUGUGGAAUGGGAGAAUUUUUAAAUGGCAUAUUUAAGAGCAGAAAUUGGCACAUAACCCAUUUUGGCCAAAUUUAAAAGGGCUAAUACUGGUCAAUUAACUUGGUUUGAUUCAGAAAUUACAUGCUGGUGUGCCUUUAAGGGGUGUGGCAUAGUGUGUGACAUCAGGAGCUUGAGUCGGGUUGGCCAGGUGGUGUGCAUGUGAGCGUCUGGGCGUGAGUUGACCCAACUGGCUCUGCUCGCCCACAUGCAAGGGCAUUACGGCACGUCAAAUUUUGGCUUGCACCGCAAAGCACAAACACAACCAAGCGAUGGCUCAAAAUUUGAAAAACUGGAGGCAUUUGUAAGUUGAGGUACCACUGUAUUUUACUGAAGAAAAAUCUCACUGCAUAGCACCCCAAAAAAUGGAUACACAGGUUAGCUAUUGUUAGUCUAACAGCAUAAUUGUCUUAGUCGUUUUUAACUUACUGUCACGUACCAGUCUGCUAGCUACAAAUUGUGUUGUUGUUGUUGUUGUUGUUGGGGUUUUUUUUUUCAGUUUGCGUGUCUAGAUUUUCAGUCAUCCAGGUCAUGGACAUCCACAAAGUUUGAACCGAAGCUACUGGACUCUUUUUGUUUGUUGAUUUUUGAUAUGUGGGUGUUUUUUUUUCUUCUUGUUUUCUGAAAAAACGUUCAUAAAAUGACUUGGGCAAUUAUGCUAAUAGGCUAAUGGUGUGUGUCUUCUGCCAUCUAGUGGAAAAGCAUUUCAUUUUUAUGCUCUUGUUGCUGACCAACAUUCUCUUCUUAAAUCAAAUGAAGAGGAAGUGUUAUUUAAAAUAAAAAAAAUUAAAAAAAACACUUGUAAUACACAAAUUUUUACUAAGAUGUUGCAUAAGGUUCUUGUUUGGAAACGGUGCCCUGCCCCUGCUUUUAAAGGUGCUUAUAGGUCCACACAAGUGGACUGUUUUCAUGCUUCCACAAAUGGAUACUUACUUUUUUUAUUUCAGGGGAGGGGGGGCAAAUAUCUACUCUAGGGGUCCUCGGUUUACGGCAAAGUCCAGCGUCAUAAAGUCCUAAUUACUUUAAUAUAUGUUUAUGAGAAGUACAUCCGCCGUGUUCGGUAUCUUGGCUCUGUUUUCCUCCCACAUUCCAAAAUCAAGCAUGUUCGGUUCAUUGAAGUCUCUAAACUGUCAUUUGGCGUUAAUGUGAACAUGAACGGUUAUUUGUAUGUAAAUAUGUGCUGUGAUUGGCUCUCAUCUCAAAGUCACCAACCAGCGAUAGGAAAAGUCCUACGGAAAAUGAAUGGAGAUGUCUAGAAUAUGACGAUAUGUUACACCGCUGCGCUAAACAUUUGAUUGCAUGGCAUUUGUAACAUCAUAAUGCCAUAAUUGUCCCUAUUUGUAUCCGAAACACUUUUAGGCUUUACAUAUGAGACAAUUUCAAAUGGAAUACCGGUGAAUAACUGAGUGUAUACUCUUAUGCCAUGCACCAUUUGUUACCUCAAAGCCGUGAACUGAGUACCCCUUGUAUUUUUUUCAUCCGAUAUGUCACUGCCGUAGGGAACAUUUUGUCAUAUAUUAUGAGUGGUACAGCUGCAGAGUUUAUUAUAUCCAUUAUCCUUUCAAUAGUAUAUGUUUACACGUAUUUUUUUUUCUGUACAAAUGACACCUGGCAAACACAUCACGGAUGUUACGGUGCGCGACUUUUUUCAACUGUUUUCUCGGUGCCUUCUGUCACAAUGCUGUCUACUCAAACCCUAAAGGUCGAGAUGUGAUUGUCGCUGCCACAAGUGUAUUGAACAAACAAAAGUGUUCUUAUUGUCAAGCCAAAGAUCCAAAAGUACAAGAAUAAAAAGCAGUAAGAUGACAGGUGA